AUGACACCUCUCGCAUAUGAUCUCGUCAAUACAACAGAAGGCAUUUCUACCUUGCUUGAUUAUCUCAGCGAACUACCCAAUGACGCAAUCCCAUCGCAUUACGUUGACCUCGAAGGCGAUAACCUCAGUAGGCAUGGCACCAUUUCAAUCCUCCAGCUUUUUGUGGCUCCAAAACAACGCACCUACCUCCUCGAUAUUCACAGUCUCGGCGAAAAGGCUUUCUCUACCCCGGGCAAGACGACAAGCAAGACGAUCAAAUGGUUAUUGGAAAAUCCCAACGUAAAGAAGGUGUUCUUCGAUGUUAGAAACGACUCGGACGCUCUGUUCCACCACUUUGGAAUCAGUCUGGCCGGGAUUCAAGAUAUCCAGCUCAUGGAGUUCGCCUCACGUUACAACAAGGCAGGAUUCCUCAGCGGGUUGGCAAGAUGCAUAGAGAGGGAUGCCCCGCUAACGCCGGAGGAAAUUUUGAGUUGGAGAGCCGUCAAGACGAUAGGACACAACCUGUUCGAUCCGCAAUCGGGCGGAAGUUAUGCGGUCUUUAACCAGCGGCCCUUGUCUCCGGAAAUCCUUCGAUACUGCAUCCAGGAUGUUCAAUACCUUCCUCGUCUCUGGGCAGUGUAUGAUCAAAGGAUAGGAGAGGAUUGGAAGCAUGCCGUGGAGAAGGAAACAAAGAGUAGGAUACUGCGAUCCAAGGCAUUUGAUUACAACGGCCAGGGCAGGCAUAUGACGGAGCCACCUGUUGAUUGGGUUGUGAGGAAUUCAGGUACCGCCGCCAAUAUCCAACCUGUGCCAACGCUAAUCACUCGUUACACGUAGCAUCAAUUUGAGGGGGGUUGAUUGCGGGAUUCGCUGAUAGAAAAAGAGCUUUGUUUGGCAGUUGUCGACGGGUUCUCCUUCUGCAUUGCAUGUAUAUCGGUAUCAUACUUGAGGCAAUGGGAUUGCAGACUUUGUGCUAGAGACGUCUAUCUUUUAGUUAGGUAUCUUACACCAGCCAGUUAUAGCAUGGCGCAGAACUAGUGAGUCUCGAGACUCGGAAU